UAACUAUGGCAGAUGACUAAAACGGACAAAAUCUAAUGACCAAAAUAAUAACCAGCAGCCCCUCACCUCUCAGGAGGAUGGAAACCAGAAAUGCCAUCUUUAGCUGCAAACUAAACAUGAAGCCAUGGCUUGCCAAGAAGAUUAGAAAAUUAGCUAAGCUACAAGGUGAGUACCUGUCUGAGCUUCUCAUGGACUCUAUCUGAGACUCCAUUCUCUGCAAAGUGCUUCUUAGUGUUUUCCAGUACUUUCGCUAUCACAGUCUUGUAGAACUUUUCUGUCCUUUCCAUCUGAGGAUUGAGGGCCGAAUGGGCAGUAGGAUAUGAUGGUUCCAUUAUCCAAUAAUAUAAAUUUAUGUUAA